AGGAUCGAGCGCGUCGCGUUUUCCUUUCUCUGUCGUGUUAGCAUUCAGUAGCCUGUAUAAGGAUCCACCUGCACUGUGUCUCCCCCUCCCGGUCGCACCCCUAAGUUGCUGCUCCUGAUCCGUGAUAGGGGGUGGGGGCAUUCCUUGCUACAGGAUUUUCUUGAAUGAACGUGUCGAGAAUUGCAGCAAAUCCGAGUGACAGGAAGUCGGGAAAAUCGCAACUGGGGUAAGCAAUGUGUGCGGGAAUCCUGCAGGAUUCGGCAAUUCGGAUUCCGAACGAUCGGUGAAGGGAAGCCGUGCCCUGCACCCCUGCACAAAAAUCCUUACUCGGACAUCGAACAGAAAAACAUUGCCAUAUCGUCGCAUCCUCGGGUGAGAAAAUUGCUGUCGUAGUCGCCAUCGUCGGCGUCGCAGGUGUCGGGGAGUGAAAUUUAGGCCAUGCCAUGCCGCAAUCCAUCUGCUGCAGGUGGAUGCAAUCAUUUUCCGUAGUGUCCGAUUUGCCUUUGAAGAUGGCUCACUGAAGUGGAUAUUCUUUGACGAGUGAAUGAAGUGAGUGAAAAUCCGCUACCCAACAACUGCUCGAAAAAAAGCAAACGAGUUAUCCUUUCUUACUCAGUUCAGAAAGGGGGGCGGUGUGGGUGGUUUGUGUCCUUUUGCCCGCCCUCUGCACACGCGAAAAGCAGCAAAGGGGUAUUCAUGGUGGGUGCCCAGUACGUGUGAAUCCAUCGCAGAUUGGAGAUAGUGCCGUGAUUGAAAAGUGGUGUUCAAAAGGAAUCCUUUCGCUGUUUCCGUGUGCACGUCCUUCGCAAAUGGUGAAAUAUUAAUGAAUGAAAGGUGGAUGAAAUGGGGCCCGGUGAACGCGAGCGUGGAAAGUUUCCCUCGUACUUCCGGUUUCGGGGGCGGCUUUUGUGACCUAGUUUCGGUCUGGCGGGCGGCCGGAGGCGUUCGGAGAGUGCUGAUUUAUAUGCGGCAUUAUCAUAAGAGUGGUCCGAGCAAGUGCGGAUAGGUGAAUGGCCAUUAGAAGAAUGCAAAUAUCGGUGUGGUGGCGUUGGUGACCUUUGCGAAGUGUUGUUUGGUGUUUGCGGUGAUUUCUAUGAUUAAGCAUAAGACAUGAAUCAUCUACAGUUCAUCGAGCGAGCUGAGUGAUUCCAAAUUUGUGUAGUGUUUAUCAGUUGUAAGAUUUAUUACGAGUGUAAUCAAAGCCUCAACAAACGAACUUUGGAAUCUAAGUGAAAACAGUAACUUGGCGGCAUCAGUCGUGAUUGAAGCAGGUAUUCACUUUAAAAAAAAAGUGUAUAUUUUCUGUGUAACCUCGCUUACACAAUCGAUCAGUUCAGUAUCACAAGAAACAGGAUGUCAAAUCCAUUCGGAGAAACCGACAAGAAUGGGAUUUACCGGGCCAAUAAGCCACUCUAAUAGGAAAGCUCCAAUCAACGACCAUCCUUUUCCAAUUUUCUGACGAAUUCCAGAAAUAACAGUGGAAGAGGGCAAAAAAAAACUCGUCCAAUAAACGGUAACAUGUGAGAACCAUCAAUUGUACACGGUGGAACGUGAUGGCCUAUUUCGCGGCAGGAAGCACCAUCAAUUGCAGUGGUACUCGCGUCGGGUUAAAUAUAGCGUCAAAGGCGAAGGAGACUUCCGAUUACUACUGAAGGAUUUGAGAAGAAGUUUGGGAGUUAUGUGAAUAUGUUGUUUUCAUGAAAGUAAGUGUGUUGGAGGAAGAUAGUGAUAUAGUAGAGUGCGCUCAUUUUAUAUUACUCGAAGUAAGUGAAGAAAUGGUUUGGAACAUGAUAUUUCAAUAGAAGAAACAAAUCUAAAAGAUGCCUGGUAUCGUAGUGUUCCGUCGACGGUGGUCGGUCGGGUCAGACGACCUCGUGGUACCGGGAUUAUUUCUUUUCGUCAUCCACUUGAUAUGGUUGACGGUACUGGCUGUGGUAACCGGAGUGUUCCAGUACGAUAGAUCCGUACGAUGCAUAGAAUUGCUAUGGUUCUUUCAAAUUGGUUACAUUACCAUUUUAUGUUGUUGCAUUUUGUUGGAGGUCGCUAUCUGCAUUGUUUCGAUGCGGGGUAGCAUCCUGGACAUGGAGCCUCGGGCUAUUAUGCCUCACCUAUUGUACACCCGGGUUCUGGUAAUGCUCGUAGACCUAACCUGGCUGAUCCUGGGUAUCGUAUGGCUUAAAGAUCACUACCUCGAAUGUCCGAUUCAAGAGCCCAAAGAAACCAUGAUCGCAGUUAUCAUCUGCAACCUGCUGGUGAUCUUCAGCAUGUUCACCACGAUUUGGUGCACGUUCGACCCGGCCGGGCGAUCCUGGGUCAAGAUGAAAAAGUACCAACGAUCGAUGCGAGAGUCGGAGUCUCGUUUCAACUACAAACGCAGCGGCAGCCGGAGUCGAAACUGGCGCCAACGAAAGGUGAUACGAGCCUAUCAGGACAGCUGGGACCACCGGUGUAGACUUCUGUUCUGCUGCAUGGGCAACAGUGAUCGCAGUAGGAACUCAUUCACCGAUAUCGCUCGACUAUUGAGUGACUUUUUCCGCGAUCUAGAUGUGGUACCGUCAGAUGUGGUUGCAGGCCUAGUGCUACUCAGGAAGUUCCAGAAACUGGAACGGGAAGCCGUUGUGCGACAGCGCAAAAAUGGUACCUACGAGUUCCUAUCCGGAGUUCCCAUAACCGCAAAUACUCAGUUUUUGGCAUUGAACGAUUCCAAAGACUAUGACCACUUUCAGACUGUGAUCCGCUACAUGUAUUUUGCGCAAGGUGCCUACGGGUGGCCAAUGUUCCUAAUGAGUCACUCCGGCACAGGAGUCUGCCAGCUUGGGUCCGAGCUGACGUGCUGUUUAUCCUGCUGCCGGCGGAAAUCCAGUGUUGAUGUGGUGGAGGACAAUUGUUGUUUAUGUAACUAUGCCGCCCUUAAGAAGAUGCUGAAGAUCGGAGAGGUCGAAGUCAUCUACGCCACAUACCACGUAGACAUCGGUGAAACGCCUUUCUUCGUUGCCAUAGACUACACCCACAGCAAGAUUGUGGUAAGCAUACGGGGGACCCUUAGCAUGAAGGACGUCCUGACGGAUCUGAAUGCCGAGGGCGACUGCCUUCCGCUGAAUCCUCCCCGAGAGGAUUGGUUGGGUCACAAAGGUAUGGUCCAGGCGGCAAUCUACAUCAAAAACAAACUUGAGGAGGAGAAUCUCAUCCAACGGGCUCAAGAGCAUAAUCCUAGUCGGGGAACUCCGGACUUUGGGUUGGUGCUGGUGGGACACUCGCUUGGUGCCGGCACGGCUGCCAUUUUGGCAAUUCUUAUGAAGCAGCAGUAUGAUGAUCUGCACUGCUACAGCUACUCACCGCCAGGUGGCUUGUUAAGCAUGCCUGCGGUCGAAUACAGCAAAUCCUUCAUCACCUCGGUCGUGGUCGGGAAGGACGUCGUUCCACGGAUAGGGCUCCAUCAAAUGGAAGCCCUUCGAGCGGAUCUUAUCAACGCCAUCCAGCGGAGCAUAGAUCCCAAGUGGAAGACGAUAGCCUGUUCGGUUAUUUGCUGCUGUUGCGGCCCAGAGCCGACUUCCGUGACCAUGAUGUCCACCAAGGAGGAGAACGUCACGCGUUACGAGCAGGACCGGAACAGUGCUCGCCAGAGCACGGUGCAUCCCAACGACAACUCCAUAGCCCUGACGCUGCAUCAUCCCCUUUACCCACCGGGACGGAUCAUUCACAUCGUACGGCACCAUCCCAGUCAGGACGAACACAAGUACGAUCAGGGUUGGAGCAGACAGAUGCUGAAGAAACGAGAACCCGUCUACCAGGCCAUCUGGGCCGACAACACCGCCUUCGACGAGGUGCUCAUCUCGCCGGUGAUGGUGCAGGACCACAUGCCGGACAAGGUGCUGGCUGCACUGAACAAGGUUAUAACCACGGUUGGCCCCCGUAAACCCCAACGUCAGUCAUCGAACGCCAACUCAUCAAUCGCUUCGGAAGCCAUCGAAGCCCUACUACACCCAGACGGCCAUUAUCAGUUCACCAAUCAUACCGGCAACAACUGUGCUCUCAACGGGCCGGAGCCAUCGUUGGUGGCUCUGCAAAACCCAGCAUCACCUUCGGUACCGCACAAGAUUUGUUUGGAAACUUCUUUCACCAGCCUCCAAUCUCCACAGGACCACUAUUCACCCAGCAAGGCUUCAUCUAUCGCGGGCGGUAGCGUCCUGGGUGUGCGCAGCCAACUGUCCAGUGUGGUAGACGACAGUGGCAUCCCAAAAAGCAUGUCCGGACCGAGCGAAGCCACCACCGUUAUCUUCAAUGACCCCAACCACCAGAAUAACACGCAGCACCGUGCUCCCAGUUCCGCUAGCAAUACUGUACGGACAGUUGCCUUCAAUACUUCGCCGAACGUGAUACGGAAUGGAGGCCAACCUAGCCCGGCCAACCCUCAGAAAAAAUCCAUGAGUCUUUCGUGGAACGGAACUCGGCAGAACUCUUGUGAGAUCAAAAAGAUCGACCUGAUCCACGACGACUGGUUCGGGUUGGCUCCACUGGCAAGUCCGGAGUCACUAUCCGAGCUGUCCAGUAUCAGUUCGCGGGCAAGCUUUGGAGUAAACCUGGCGUCCAGUAUUGAUCGGUACCUGGAGAAGAUCACCGAAAGCAAGGAAGGGGUUGAACGAAAAGGAGACGGUACAGAUCCUUUACUCGAAUCACAGCUUCACACUCCAAAAAUAAUGCGAAGAACGCCAAAAGUAAGCGGAAACCUGGCUCUCUGUGCGGAAGACGUUAAAACGAUAAACAGCUACAAACGGAUGGGCAAAAUAUUCGUACUGAACCGAGCGCCAUCCGACAGUGACUCCACCAUCGACAGCUACGAAUCGGCCCAUAACGUGAUCGUCCUGGACAGAAACGGAAUCAUCGGUGCAGAAGAAUUGGCCAUUGGGGGUACGUCACCUAUCAAAGAGAACUCGAAAUCGGCAGAUAACAUUGACGAGUUGAACACCCGGCAAGCGGCAUCGGGAAACACAUCCACCACCGGUGCCUCCGCAACCAAGAAGACCUCAUUCACGGUAAGCGAUAGCGCUAUACCGCAGGAAUGUGCCUCGAACUGUCCAUCAUGCCCAUGUCGAAGAUCUCCGGGUGGGCCAUGCUGUCAAAAGUUCAACCAUCGCGAAUGCUACAACUACAAGUACACCUCGUUCAACAUCUUCAAAUUCAACAACAACCGGGACAGCAAGACUACCAGCUCGAGCGACACUUACCAUAGUGCUAAGUCUUCGCUGACCGGCGACCUCGACCACACUGGUUCCAGUACAAAUAAUUACCAAUCUAGCAGCAGUAGUAGUAGCAGUAGAACGCUCCAGAAUACCAGCCUAAAGCCAGGAGUUCUCGAGUCGCACUUCCCUGUCUAUCAGGAAACAGCUUCAGAGGAGCGUCUCUCGUUGCUUACCAAUAUCAAAGAGAGCAGUCCAGCUCGGAUAUCUGCUACAGGCACGACAAUAACCAAUAGAAAGAUAAACGUGAAAGGUCAAUCAGCGAACAAUAAGCGUCACAACGAGGAAGAUUUGAAUGUGUUUGCUCGUAACGAGUCACUUCCCCUUCUGGCGAACCUCGUGGAGAAGUCUUCGCCAACCAAACACCUUCGCAAAAAACAUUCCGUCUAUCCCAGUGAGGCAGGUCACCCGAUUGCCACAGCAGGUUUCAGCGCGGGCAGUAGUAACGGCCGCGGCAGCAUCGCCACCAUCCAUUCGUCUUCGUCCUACUCAUCUGUCACUUCCUCACCUAGUCGGUAUCCCAAGAGCGAAAGCAACGUAUGAGACCGGAAUCCAAGCUCCGAAACGCUAGUCUAACAGACGGAACGAUCACCUUUUUCCAAAACUUCCUCUAAUUAGAAUCUCUUUACUCUCUUACGGCCUCUCAGACUUUUUUCAACUCUAGUCUACGGUUCCUUUUCUUGUUCCCCUUCUUUGUACGAAACUGUUUCUACCAAAUGUUCAACGAGCCUCCGCUUAAUUCAUGAAUUUUUAUCAAAAAGAACAUCGAUUUCCUGAAACGAAUGUUUCCCAUUGACAAAUCCUUCAUUAGUGUAGCGCUCGCUAGAAGUUCAACUGUUUAGCGGCAUCAAACCACUCCAAGGGAAGCACAUAUACAAAUCGAUGAAUCGGAACAAUGUUCCUUGAGGCCGCAAUUCUAGUCAAAUCAGUUACAUCCAAUGUGCCAAAUAGAACAACAACAAAACGGCAUUUACUCUUCUCAGUUAGUCAGUUAGUAGGGGAAUCAGAAAAAGUCAAUUUUACUAUACAAGAAAAAACACUGUUAGAAAGUAACGAAUUGUGCGUGUAAAACUAAGUAAGGAAGAGAAAGAUUUUUUUCAGAAUUAGACAGGUGUUGAAGUUUUCUAAAUUUAGAGAAUAUACAAAAGUCCCUUCGAGAAAUAUAUCCAACAAAGCAGAAAAUAAUCUUAACUAGAAACAAGCUAAAAUAACUUAUAAAUAGUUGAAUCAUGCGGUUUAGAAUUUUUACAAUUUCCAUUUCAACCAAACAGAAACUUUUAAACAGUAAAAUUUGUUACUAAACAGAAAUUAUCAAUAGAAUACCAACUAAUGAAAAAUAGUUGCAAAGAAGUCACGGUGUUUAGCAAAACGAGAGAAUCUAAAUAUUCUAAAUUUUUGUACAUAUAAGCAUUCCUGCUUUGAGAGAGAAAUCGGCAAAAUGGAAAAUAAAUGAAACGUUAGCAGGAACGCUUUUCACACGACAGACAUGGAAACAAUAACGUGAGCAAAAACUAAUGAACCGCAGACAACAAAAACCCAGUUUGUGAAGUGGAAAGUAUAGCAAAUACCAUCUGAACAAAAUCCAACAAAUCAAAGUGAAAGACAACUCUAGUGAAAGUGUCCAACAAAUGGAAACUUCUUCGAAUGUUUCAAGAUGAAUGACUCAAUUAAAUCGCAUUAAGCAAAAAACUGAUGGACAAAAUCCAUCUCCUGAAAGGCAUUUUCAAAUUUUAAAAACAUCAGACCUAAACUCAAGUAAUGUAAACUUCUUAAACUCAAGAAAAUAAUCAUUGAUCAGCUACCGGGCGGUUAGAAAGUAUGGAACAUUAUUACCUAUAUAUUUAGAGAAUAUAUUUGUUAGUUGGCUGAAUGGAAGCUCUGCGACAGCGACGAACGGACUGAACUCGAUGCGGUGUGGAAAAAUUAAAAUAAAUGAAUAAAUGGAAAGGGAAUAAAAGUUCUAAUCAAAGUUGGUCACGUUCAGAUUGGCUGUUUUA